AUGGAUAGAGUUGCCGAGGAUGACAGACAGGACAUUGUGACGCAACUGCAGCCUGAUGUGGCCUGCAGCAGACGCAAGGUGACCUCCGCAGCAGGCAUGGCUGCGCCAGCAAUCAAGGAUGAUCACUCCGAUGAGCUACUAGAGGCUGAGGCUGAUCGCGCGUUCUGCUCCAAAUCGAGCAGAUUAUCCGCUGGUGCCGUCGUGUUUCAACAGCUCAUUGUACGGGGAGUCAGGAUGGAUUUGGCCUUCGUCGCAGGUCACGCUGCGCAGCCGUGCACCACCUCGAGGAGUCAGGGUGUGCGGCCCGCAGCCCGCGUGCAGCGGCCGAAGGUCCCAAGUCAUUCUUUCUCAGGCCAAGCACCUUCGAGCCAGCCGGAGCCGAGAGGGCCGCUUCGUCUUGGGCUCGCUGCUGCAGCGCUGGCGGCAGCCAGGAAGGGCUUCAGACGUGUGCGCAGACGUCAAGCUGGUUCGCAGGUGAGCACCCUGGAUUUGAGCCCAGAAGCAUUAGGCUGGAAGGUCGAUGGGAAUAAUGAGCUCAAAGGCAGAGUCGAGAAGGCUCUGGAGCGGGGAGGUCUGCAAGGAGCUGCGUUGAGGCAGAAUAAGCAGUGGCCAAGCAAGGGGGAAGUGUUGAAGGCAAUUCCAAAGGAUUGCCUGGUCAAAGAGACAGGACGGUCACUGGCACAUGCCGCGGUGUCAACUCUCCAGGUGCUUUUCUGCGGCUAUCUUGCCUGGAAGUACAUCCCGAUGACGGCGGCCUUUAUCCCCGUGUGGCUGCUCUACGCUGUGGUGCAGGGCACUCUGGCCACGGGGCCUUGGGUCAUUGGUCAUGAGUGUGGCCACAACGCGUUUUGCAACGAGCAAUGGCUGCAAACUCUGGUUGGAUACGUGUUGCACACGGCCUUGAUGGUGCCGUAUUUCUCUUGGCAGCGAUCUCACGCCGUUCACCACUCCAAGACAAAUCAUAUGACCGAAGGCGAAACGCAUGUCCCAAGGUUGCAGAAAGGAUCCACCAACAAGUACAAGAAUUUGGCCAAGUGGUUUGGUCAGAGCUCAGUUGCGAUGACCCGGAUGAUUACGCACCUCGUGCUUGGCUGGCCUGCGUACAUCCUUGCUGGUGCCACGGGUGGCCCAGCUUAUGGCAACACGAACCACUUGUGGCCUUUCCCGCCCUUCCGAAACGGCAAGAAGGAUCUGUUCCCCAAAAGCUGGAAGUCGAAGGUGCUGCUCUCAGAUGUGGGCAUCGUUGGAAUGGCUGCCCUCGUGAUGUGGUGGGCAAAGACCAGUGGAUUUAUGCCGGUCUUUGCGCUGUACCUUGCACCGCUGAUGGUGACAAACUGCUGGCUGGUGCUUUACACCUGGCUUCAGCACACCGAUGUUGACAUUCCGCACUUUGAUGAGGAUAAUUGGACUUGGGUCAAGGGUGCAUUCCACACUGUCGAUCGGCCCUAUGGCCCAGUGUUGGACUACAUUCACCACAGGAUCGGCUCUACGCACGUGGCCCACCACGUCUGCUCUGCCAUCCCAUUUUACAAGGCGAAGAAGGCGACUGAAGCUCUUAAGGAGAAGUUCCCGGACUUGUACUUGUAUGACCCUACUCCGAUCCACAAGGCGUUGUGGCGAAUCUCCUCCCGCUGCACCGCUGUGCAAAAGGCAGAAGGCAACGACGGCAUGUACAUCUUCACUUGA